CAUGGCCACACCUCGUUUUCGCUUCCCUCCCAAUUCCCCCCCUUUCUGCAUUUCCCGGUCAGUUCAUUGUCGUCACGCAAACUUCAGAUCACCGUCGCUUCUAUCCUAUCUACACAUACCGAGCCAGGAAUCUAUCUAUUUCCAGUAUUCCUGAAGGAUCCAGGUAGACAGAAUUCCAUUGAACCAUCGGAUCCCCCGCAGCAUUGCAUUUCUCCCCAGUAUACGACGCAUCUCCCUGAAUGAGUAGAGUUACUAAGACUGCCACGGCCGGCGAAGUGCAAAUAAACAUGGACGACGGUGACAAGCAAAAGGAUUUAUUACAUGACCUGGAGUUGAAGCACCAGAGUAAUACAAGCGAAACCGAGCUCCUAAACAAGGACGAGGAUAUCCGUCGGCUGCGGGUCCGGAUUCUGACAUUGCGAGACGAAAACACAUCGCUCGGCGACCAGAUAGCCCAGAACAACGAUGCAAACGCGCAACUCGCGGCCCAGUGUGAUGACUUAGGCGCCCAGAUCGACGCUAAGAUGGACGUGAUCCGCUCGCAGGAGAAGCAGCUUCAAAAACAGGAGCGAGAAUACGCCAAUUUGAAGGCGGAACUGGAAGCGAUGAAUGGCGCAACACAGCAAUCAUCCAAUCUUCUUUCUGAGAAGCUCUCCCUCGCUCGUGAACUAGCUGUUCUAAAGCCCGAGAUAGAGCACCUGCGAUCCCAGGUAAAUCACCAGCAAGCAACACUUACUGAGAAGUUGGCUUUGGAGCGUCAAGUCGACACUCUGGAGGCCGAGCUUGCCAACGAGAAGAAGGCGACAAAGCGUGCGAUGCAGAAGCGCGAGAGCAACGAUCGCGUAGAGGACGAGCUCCGGAAGAAGCUGCGCGAUGCAGAAAGGAGUCUAGCCGCAGAGAAGGCGGCGCGCGAGAGGGUAGAGGACCAGCUCGAACAGGAGAAGCGCACGCAUCAGUUCGCUUUGCAAGAGCAGGACAGCACGCGGGAGCAGGAGGCCGACUUGCGAAAGAAGCUGCACGACGCCCAGAGGCAGCUGAGAGAAGAAAAAGAGAACAAGGAAAGGCUGGAAGAGGAACUGCAGGCCGCGAAGCUCUCGGCGAAAAAGCUGCAGAAGAGCCAGGCCAGCAGAAGCGCCGACGACGAGCUCCGAGACCAGCUCGAGGCCCUCCGAAUAAAUCUGGAGUCGCAGGAGAAGGCGAAUGCGAAGAUCCGCACCGAGACCCACGUCGCGGUAUCAGAGGCCGACACGCGAAACGACCAGCUGGAGAAGAAGAUGGAGAGGCUCAAGGCGAAGCUGCGCGAAACCCGGGACCAGCUCAAGCAAUGCCAAGAAGAGCUCCGGAAGGCCCAGUCGCGCUCUUCGGCCCUCGACGACGUCACUAAGACUCUCGGCCGGCCCCAGGCGCUCCACAAGCGGAAGCCCCUAGACAUGGCCACAGACGACUUCACCUACAUCGAGAUCCAGACGCCCGGCGCCGACGACACCACGAGGGCGCGGCGCGCGCUUAAGAAGCGCGUCUUCGAGCCGACCCUCGUGGGCGAGAAGUCUGCCUUCUCCAUCACCCCCUUCCUAAACCGCACCCGGAGCAUCAUGGAGGACACGCCCAAGACUGACGACGGGGCCCCCUCUACCGAGGCCGCCGCUGCUGCCGCUCCUCCAGUUGAAGCCGCCGGGUCGCCGACGCCCGAGCCUGCAACCGCACAGCAGGGCGAAGCGAGCGAGCCGGCUCUCCCCGGUGCCGAGGCCCCGGCGCCGAGGCCGCCGGCAGUCAAGGCCCGCGGCCGGCCGAAGAAGGUGCUCUCGGACGCGCCGUCGGCGAAGAAGAACUCGCAGCCGGCGGCGCGGAAGCGCACGGUUAAGGCGAAGGCGGCGGAGCUCGAGAAGGUGGCGGAGGAGGAGGGAUCUGGCGCGGGCAGCCACGAGGGUGGCGAGGCGGAGGCGGAGGCGGCGGCCCCGAGGCGCGAGAAGUCAGCCUCGGCGGCGCCCCCGGACAAGGCGGCGACGGUCAAGUUCAACUUCGACCUACCGCUGGACGCGGCGGCAGGCGGCGAGCCGCAGCCGCCGCAGCAGAAGAAGAAGAAGCGCAAGGUUCUGGGCGCGGCCAAGACGCUGUUCGACGACGACGACGACGAUGAGGAUGAGGCGCGCGACGACGGCGAGGCCCCCCUGCCCCCCGCCCGCAAGCCCGCCAAGGUCCAGCUCGGUGCCAAGCGCGCCCCGGGCAAGGCCCCGGCUGCCGGCGCGCAGCGCAGCGCCUUCGCCGGCGGGCUCUCGUUCUCGCCCCUCAAGAAAGACCGCAGAGGUGUCGGCGCUAGUUUCCUGGCAUGAUGGGCGGGCGUCGACUAGGCUGCCGAUGAGCGGCCGGAUGGAUGGCCCGGGUAACAGAUUAUUUUCACAUGGGCAUCGGGAGGUUGGGCAAGGAUAUGGUUCUUGUGCAUAUAUAGGCGUUAUUGUAUUUUUUUUUUCCCCGGCAACGGCUGUCUUCUCUCUUUAACAUCACGGACUGGGAUAGGCUGUAGGCAUAAUGCAUAGGCUCGACUGCAUCAGUCUGGGUAUGUCACACUGCGCACUCUACACGAGGCCUUAUUUCAGAUGUGUUUCCUCUAAAUGAAUAUUUGACUGUGGACGCCGGCGGGGUUCUCCUGUCGAUUUACAUAUAGCUGCGACUAGCUACGAGCGUCUCGGCUACGUAAAGCCGUCGAGAGAUCCGUUGUAGAAAGGAUAUGGUCGAAUCAAUUCUUGAGUUGAAUCGUUACGUAGGUAUGU